AUGGCUGGCCCUGCUAGACCCCUCCUCGCCUUUGGAUCCCUCAUCCUCCUCGCCGGCGGAAUCGUCCUGCAAUUCUUCAUCAUCCUCAGCGGCGCCGUCAACAGCUCGCCCAUGAACCUCUUCUACUUCCUCCAGGCCUCGACAAACAACAUCCCCGACGCCCGCAACCCCUCGCGAUGGACCUUCUUCUCCAUCUGCGGCGCUGACCCUUCAACCGGCCACAAUGCAAACUGCGGUGCCGUCGUCCCGGCCCUGCCCUUUGACCCGCCCAGGAACUUUGGUACCACGGAUGGGAUUCCCGAGCAGUUUAUCGGCAACCGUACUUACUUUUAUCUGUCGCGCUUCAUGUUUGCCUUUUACUUGAUUGCCCUCUUCUUUGCUGCGGUGGCGCUCGCAUCUGGUGUCUUGGCGCUUUGUAGUCGUUUGGGUGGUUACCUCUCUGCCCUGACUACAUUGGUCGCCCUCUUCUUCCAGACCCUUGCUACAGCCCUGAUGACCGCUUGGGUCGUCAAGGGCCGCAACGCUUUCCGCUCCGCUGGCCAGCAGGCUUCCAUUGGCAAGUACCUCAUGGGCUUUGCCUGGGCCACCGUGGCCGCCUUCUUCCUUGCCACCCUCAUGUUCUGCCUCGGCGGUAAGCUGGGCGGUGACGGCUCCUCUGGCAUGCGUCGCACUCGCUCCACAAAGUCUACGCGCAGCCGCGCCAGUUUCAUGGACACUGACUCUCAGCGCCGUGUCAAGGACGACUACGCUUAA